AUGAGUAUGCUAAAACCAAGUGGGCUUAAGGCCCCUACUAAGAUCAAUAAGCCUGGAUCUUCAGCCUUGAAGACACCGGCUGCUGCUCCAGCUCCAGUAGAAAAGGCAAUAUCCACUGAUAAAACAUCAAGUACACCAUCCCCUGAGACUCAUGAAGAGUUUGUGGAUGACUUUCGAGUUGGGGAACGUGUUUGGGUCAAUGGCAACAAGCCUGGAUUCAUCCAGUUUCUUGGAGAAACACAGUUUGCACCAGGCCAGUGGGCUGGAAUUGUGUUGGAUGAACCAAUUGGCAAGAAUGAUGGCUCAGUGGCAGGAGUUCGGUAUUUCCAGUGUGAACCUUUGAAGGGCAUAUUUACAAGGCCUUCGAAGCUGAUGAGGAAAUUGCUAACUGAUGAUGAAGCCAAUGGUACACAGGCUGCUCCUGCUUCUGGAGCCACAUCCCCUCUCCCCACUACCAUGAUCAGUGUAGCGCCCUCAUCUCCAGCUGCGCCUUCCUCAUCCAGUAUACCCCAUAAAAUUUCCCAGCCCACAGCUAAGGAACCUUCUCAUCAGAUCAGCAACCUCACCAAAACUGCCAGUGAAUCCAUCUCCAACCUUUCAGAAGCUGGGUCCAUAAAGAAAGGAGAAAGAGAGCUGAAAAUUAAUGAUCGUGUCUUGGUUGGUGGCACAAAAGCUGGGGUAGUACGAUUUCUUGGGGAGACAGACUUUGCCAAAGGAGAAUGGUGUGGCGUGGAGUUGGAUGAACCUCUUGGAAAGAACGAUGGAGCAGUUGCUGGAACAAGGUAUUUUCAGUGUCAACCCAAAUAUGGUUUGUUUGCUCCUGUCCAUAAAGUGACAAAGAUUGGCUUCCCUUCUACAACACCAGCCAAAGCCAAGGCUGCCGCUGUGAGGAAAGUGAUGGCGACCCCAGGCAGCCUGAAGCGUAGCCCCUCGGCCUCUUCUCUCAGCUCCCUGAGCUCUGUGGCCUCCUCCGUAAGCAGCAAGCCCAGUCGUACAGGAUUAUUGACUGAAACUUCUUCAAGAUAUGCCAGGAAGAUCUCCGGCACCACUGCCCUCCAAGAGGCUCUGAAGGAGAAGCAGCAGCACAUCGAACAGCUGCUGGCUGAAAGGGACCUAGAGAGGGCGGAGGUGGCAAAAGCAACAAGCCAUGUGGGGGAAAUAGAGCAGGAACUAGCUCUGGCUCGGGAUGGACAUGAUCAGCAUGUCCUGGAAAUGGAAACAAAGAUGGACCAGCUUCGAGCUAUGGUGGAAGCUGCUGAUAGGGAGAAGGUGGAGCUUCUUAACCAACUAGAAGAAGAGAAAAGGAAGGUUGAAGACCUUCAGUUCAGAGUGGAGGAGGAAUCUAUUACCAAAGGCGAUCUUGAGGUGGCUACAGUUUCAGAAAAGUCUCGUAUUAUGGAACUAGAAAGAGACUUAACAUUACGAAUAGAGGAAGUAGCUGAGCUUCGAAAAAAUUUGGAGUCCUGUAAGCCAGCUGGUGAUGUGGACACUUCACUCUCUCUUUUGCAAGAGAUAAGCUCUUUGCAGGAAAAAUUGGAAGCCACGCAUGUAGACCACCAACAUGAAAUAAAUUCUCUUAAGGAAUGUUUUGGAGCCACAGAAGAAAGUCAUCAGAAGGAAGUGAAGGCACUUCAUGCAGCAUCUGAAAAGCUCACAAAGGAGAAUGAGUCUUUGAAAAGCAAGCUUGAUCAUGCUAACAAGGAGAACUCUGAAGUGAUAGCUCUGUGGAAGUCAAAAUUAGAAUCUGCUAUUGCUUCACACCAGCAGGCAAUGGAAGAGCUCAAAGUCUCAUUUAGCAAAAGUGUUGGGACUGAAACAGCAGAAUUUGCUGAGCUAAAAACACAGAUUGAAAAAUUGAAACUAGAAUAUCAGGAUGAAAUAGAGAGUUUGAAAAGCAAACAAGACUCUGAAAGGUCUGCUCAUGCUAAAGAAAUGGAAAUCCUGAAGGCUAAGCUAAUGAAAAUCAUUAAAGAGAAGGAGCAAAGUUUAGAAGGCCUCAAAUUCCAGCUGGAAAAAGCAGAAGACCAGCAUCUAGUGGAGAUGGAAGACACGUUAAACAAAUUGCAGGAAGCGGAAUUAAAGGUAAAAGAGCUAAAGGUACUGCAAGCGAAAUGCAAUGAACAAACCAAGGUUAUUGAUAAUUUUACAUCGCAGCUCAAGGCUACUGAAGAAAAACUCUUGGACCUUGAUGCACUUUGGAAAGCCAAUUCCGAAGGUAAAUUGGAAAUGGAAAAACUUAGCCAGCAGCUUGAGGCAGCCGAGAAACAAAUUAAAAACUUAGAGAUGGAAAAAAUUGCCACAAGUGGCAAGGCUAGUCACAUAACAAAAGAACUACAGGGGAAAGAGUUAAAGCUCAUUAAUCUUCAGAAAAAUUUGAGUGAAGUAAGUCAAGUGAAAGAUGAUUUGGAAAAAGAGCUUCAGAUUUUGAAAAAACAGUUUGCAGAUGCUUCGGAGGAGUCAGUGUCUAUUCAACAAAAAAUGCAAGAAACACUAAAUAAACUACACCAUAAAGAAGAACAAUUUAGUGCUCUGUCCUCUGAUCUGAAGAAGUUGAAAUAUAAUUUGUCAGAUAUGGAAGAGAAAUUUAAAGAGAAGGAUGAAAGAGAACAGCAGUUAACGAAGGUAAAGGAAAAACUAGAAAGUGAAAUUGCAGAAAUCAUGAAGAUGUCGGGAGAUAAUUCUUCCCAGUUGACAAGAAUGAAUGAAGAACUUAGGCUGAAAGAUAAAUUUGUGGAAGAAUUACAGUUCCAGCUUUCAAAAGCAACUGAUGAAGCAGCCCUUCUACAGAAAAGUAUUGGAGAAGUGACUCUUAAAGCUGAGCAGGAUCAGAAGAAUGUAAUUGCAAAGCAUGAAGAAGAAAAGAGGGAAUUGCAGAAGAAAGUUUUAGAUCUGGAAAGGCAAGUUGAGGUAAGCCUCAAGCAGUGCAAGGAUCUCCAGGCAAAGCAUGAAAAAGCCAAUUCUGAGACAGUCAAACAACAUGAAGCAACUCUGCAUAGUCUGAAGAAUACCCUGCUGGAUACUGAGGGGACCCUGAAGGAGGCCCAAAGGAAGAACAGUGAUUUACUGAAGGAGUUGGAAGAACUGAAAAAACAAGCUGACAAAGCCAAAUCUCUAACUUAUUUGUUAGCAUCAACCAAAAAAGAGAUUGAACUAAUGUCAGAAGAGAUGAGGGGUCUGAAAUCAGAGAAGCAGCUUCUUGCAGAGGAGGGAAAUGCUUUAAAGUUAGACAAAGGUUCACUUUUAUCAAAGCUUAUAGAGGUGGAGGCCAAGAUGGCUUUACUGCAGGAAGACCAGCAAAAGUUGUGGUUAAUAAAUGAAGAACUCAAUUUGGAAAAGGAAAAGAUCCUAGAAGAAAAGCAUGACAUAGAAAAGUUGUUUCAGGAAGAACAUCUCAGCAAAGAAGAUUUAGCUGUUGAGAGAGAGAAAUUGCUUGAAGAAAUCAAUAUUGCACAGGAAGAAUUCUUGAAGAUAAAUGUAGAAAAUGAUAGCUUGCAAGCUUCCAGGAAAAGCUUGCAGGCCCUUGUAGAAGACCUUCAGAAACAUAAUAAUUCCUUAAUUGCUGAAUCCCAGAAAAGUCAUAAGGAAAAUAUUGAACUAGAUAAUCAGCUGAAGAAGCUCACUAUUGAAAAUAUUUCUUUGGCCAAAAAUAAGGAUGACAUUGUCCUAAAGCUUCAGAACUCCUUUGAAGAACUGGCCAGAGAGCAAAAAAGCUUGGUACAAGAAGUUGAACAGCUCACAAAUGAAAAGAAGUCAUACUUGGAAAAGCAGUCAAGCCUUAACACUUUAUGCACAGCCUUAAAAAAGGAGAAAGAUGAUCUUCUUCAGAGCAACAAGGAUCUCCAGAGUGAGAAAGAUGAACUACUCAAGAAACAAGAGAAGCUGAAUGUUGGCCUGGAAGCUGUUCUCCAUGACAAGCAGGUUCUCAGUAUGGAGAUUAGUAGACUGCAGACACAGCUGGAUGACUCUAAUAAAUUGCUCAAAGAUGCUGAGAAAGUGGCUGUAGAGCUUCAGUCUUCAAAAGCAAGUCUCAUGAAAUUUCUGGAAGAAAUUAAAACCAGUAGGGAGGUUACAGACUCUGAAUGUAUCCAUCUUCUGCAAGAAAAGGAAACUUUGACUUCAACUCAGAGUAGGCUCUUGCUUGAAAAUGAAGAACUCCUAAAUGAAAAUAAAAUCCUCACCGAAAAGCUCGUCAAGUGCUCAGAAGAGUCUACUCACAAAGAGAUCUCACUGAAUGAGAAGAUUGGUUUCCUGACUGCUGAGAAGGAAGUGGCUUGUCAGAAGUCCUUAAAGCUAAAAAAGCAGCUAGAUGGUCUCCUCAAAGAAACAUCAUUGUUAGAAACAAAAAAUGCAAGUUUGGUUCAAGAAAGAGAGACUUCAUUCAAAGCCAUGGGUGACCUUAAAAGGAAAUAUGAUCAAGAAACUGCCAAUAGAAAAAUCAUUGUUCAAGAGAAAAUGAAACUUCUUAAUGGUAUUGAGGCUUUGAAGAAGGAGCUUCAGGAGAAACAAAAAGAAUGCCAGGAACUAUUGACCACCAAAUAUAACCUUUCUUUGAUGCUGGAAGAGGUUGAGGGAGCCAAAACAAAUUUAGAAAAGGAACAUAGUGACCUGUUGGAAACCAAAGAGAGUUUGGAUGUUCAACUAAAGACUUGCUGUUCUGAAAAAGAUAUCUUGCUUAAGGAUGGGUAUUGCCUGCAAGAAGAUUGUCAGAAAUUAAAUGAAGAAAUUGGUGAGGUGCAGCAGACCUUAAUCCUAGAAAGAGAAGCAAGAAAUCAGGAGAAGGAGAGUUCUUUGACAGAAAAUAACAGACUACAAGAUCAAAUUAUGCUGUUGCAACAGGAAUUAGACAAAUUAACACUUUGCAAUAAAGAACUGCAGUCUGAGAACCUAAUCCUGGCCCAGGAGAAAGGAAAAUCAGAGCAACAAGUUGUGAAAAUUGUUAAGGAAAAGGAAGCUUUGAGUGCAGAGACUGCUCAGCUUGCUUCCAAAAUAGACAGUCUUAAAAAUGAUUUUGCUUCCUUGACCAAAUCCAAGUCAGAGUUGCAAGACCUACACAGCUGCCUCACCAAGAUACUGGAAGAUCUCCGGCUAAGCCAUGAAGUGACCACUGCUGAGAGAACUAAGUUAAUACAAGAGAACAAGAACCUUCUUGCUGACCACAAAGAAGUCAUGCUGAAGAAGGAAGAGCUCCUGAAGGAGUUGAGGGAGAAGGAGACGCUGGCAGAGAACUACUUUACUCUCCAGAAAGAGAUUGGUCAGUUGGCCAAAACCAACAGUAAUAUUUCAGCAAACCUCCUAGAAUCACAAAGUGAGAAUCGGAUCUUGCGAAAAGACAAGAGCAAGCUUACUCUGAGAAUUAGAGAGCUAGAGACCCUUCAGUCCUACACGGUUGCUCAAACAGCAGAAGAUGCUAUGCAGCUAAUGGAACAGAUGACCAAAGAAAAGACAGAGACUCUCGCUUCCUUGGAAGAUACCAGACAAACCAAUGAAAAACUGAAAAAUGAAUUGGAUGCACUUAAAGAAAACAACUCAAAAAAUGUUGAAGAAUUGAACAAAUCAAAGGAACGCCUGACAGUAGAGAACCAAAAAAUGGAGGAAUUCAGGAAAGAAAUAGAAGCCUUGAAGCAGGCAGCAGCUUGGAAGUCCCAACAGCUUUCAGCGUUGCAGGAGGAGAACCUGAAACUUACGGAGGAGCUGGGAAGAAGCAGAGAGGAGGUCACGAGUAACCAAAAGCUGGAGGGAGAGAGAUCUGUACUCAAUAACCAGCUUUUAGAGAUGAAAAAGAGAGAAUUCGUGUACAAAGCAGACCCUGAUGAAGAGCGAGCCUCCUUACAGAAGUCCAUCAGUAUCACUAGUGCCUUGCUCACAGAGAAAGAUGCAGAGCUGGAAAAACUCAGAAAUGAGGUCACUGUGCUCAGGGGAGAGAACGCUUCUGCCAAGUCUUUGCAUUCAGUCGUUCAGUCAUUAGAAUCGGACAAGGUGAAGCUUGAGCUAAAGGUGAAGAACUUGGAGCUGAAACUGAAAGAAAACAAGAGGCAAUUGAGUGGCUUUGGAGGUAAUUCUGAAGAGGAAGAAAGCGCUCAAGAGAGUCAGAUUGAUUUCCUGAAUUCAGUAAUAGUGGAUCUUCAGAGGAAGAAUCAAGACUUAAAGAUGAAGGUUGAAAUGAUGUCUGAAGCCGCUCUCAACGGGAAUGAUCUGCACAACUAUGACAGUGAUGACCAGGAGAAACAGUUCAAAAAGAAACCUCGCCUGUUCUGUGAUAUCUGUGACUGCUUUGACCUCCACGACACUGAGGACUGUCCUACUCAGACCCAGGUGCCAGAGGAUCCUCCCCACUCCACACACCAUGGCAGCCGGAGCGAAGAGCGCCCCUACUGUGAGAUCUGUGAGAUGUUUGGGCACUGGGCAACCAACUGUAAUGAUGACGAGACUUUCUGAUGCCCCUCCACGCCAGCGAUGUUAUCUUUUCAGAUGCACUCACACUUGGACAGUGUAACACCAGCAUUUUGUGUGUGCAGACUUCAGGAAAAUUCACAUUAUUUUUUGACCCCUUCAGCAAAUCUAAAAAGAAAAAAAUAUUUUGCUCUUCCGUGAACAACCCUUUUUAUUCUUUCUUCGAGCUAAAGUUGAAAUAAUAAAUAGGUGAGUUGUCACCUCUUAUCUGUCUUCUUUAUGUGUUUGAUAUUUAAUAAGACAUUUGCACCAGAUGCCAUUAUGUUAAUUAUCCAUAGGGAAACCUCAUGGAACAGAGAACUAUCCUUAUGUUAUCUUAUUUAAAUAAAACUUAAAAUUAUGCUGUUAAUUUUCAUAUUUGCACUAAAAUGUUUCAAGGCUGCAUUUGUACAUUUAGAUUUUUUUAAAAAUAGCUUUGACACUGGAAUGAGUUGAAAAAAAUGUCCCCUCUUACAUUUUCAUCUACUCAUUUGAAAUGUUUUAUUCUUGAUCAAAGAAUUCAUGAGCUCUGUGUGCUGCACCACGUGGAUGUCAGUGGUGCCUUUAUUUCAGGCUUGAUGUGUUGUGUAAAUAUGAAAUCAUGAAGCAGGGAAAGGGAAGGGAGGACCCCUUGGAGUUGCUGGGAGGACAACUUAGGACCUGGAGGCUGCCUA